AUGCCGGGACCUGGUCCUCAUCUCAUGUUCGCCAUGGCGUCGGGGUUGUGUCUAACCACCACCUCUAAUGGAAGAUUUAGCCCACACCACACACUCGUCUACACCAUCAAUGCCUUCUUUGGACCUGAUAUUGGCUCCUUCUCCGUGUGGCUUGCCUCUUUUCUUGGCGGUGACACUGUAGUCUCCUUCGUAGCCAAUCUCAUCCACGAUCCCUUCGGUUACUUCAUUAUCUUAGGAUUUCCUCUCUCUUCCCUUUACUCUAAGAUUUCAUCCCUUCUUCUCCGUUCACGCCUUCUUCAUGCUUCUCACUCCAGGCUUCCCCUUACAAAGAUGCAGUGUUUUCUCUUGAUAUCAGCGGGAUCUUUCACUCAUUUUUUUCUAGACCAUCUCUUUGAGGAGAAUGGGAAAACAACCAUGUACAAAUGGAUCUUGGGCACUGGCUGGUGGGAUGGCACUGCACCAAUUUACCCGUCUGCUGUUGUUGUAGUGGGCUUCUUAUGUCUUUGCUUAAUUGGCGGAUUCCUUUAUCUCAACAGAGCAAGCUCCUCAGUAUCAUUUCAUUCAAUGAUACUUGUGAUAGUCAUAGCUGCUUUAUACUGCUCAUGGUGUAUAAGUCAGAUAUACUGGACCAGUAAGCGCCGUCCAGCGGUUGGAGAAGAAGCUGAUCUUGGUGUUCUUGUGUUCUUAGCUGUGUUUUUCUUUCUACCUUAUGCUUUGUGCAUAAUGUCCAUGUACCCUAGAGGUCUUGAUUCUGAUCAGAUUCCACGUUAA